UGAAAAGCGUUCAAUGGCUGUAGCAGUACUGCGCACACAUGAUAUCACACCGGUAUCGCUAGCUUUAUCUAGAGGAUUUUAAAGUAUAUAACAUUCAGGUGUCAUUUAAAAGCUCUUUCUCAUUUUCAACGCGGAUUUGCUGAAGCAUGUGUGUGUUUGGAGGAGUGUUGAGGCGCGCGGUGACCGCCUGUCAAUCAUCGGCUCUGCUGUGCGCGAGACUCUUCAGCACAGGCUCGUGCGCUAGAAUACGAAUGCACGCUGUUCCCAAACUGAGAGAGGUGGAUCGAUGGACGGAGAAGAGAAGCAUGUUUGGAGUCUAUGACAACAUCGGGAUCUUGGGAGAUUUUAAAGCUCAUCCGAAAGACCUGAUCCGAGGACCGGUGUGGCUCCGAGGCUUCAGCGGAAACGAGCUCCAGCGGCUCAUCAGGAAGAAGCGGAUGGUGGGAGAGCGAAUGCUGACUGAGGACAAGCACAACCUGGAUAAGAGGAUCAGCUUCCUGUACCGCCGCUUCAACAGAUACGGCAAACACAGAUAGACUCCACCACAGCCGCAUGCUUUACUUGUACGGAUGUGGAGUUCAUUUGGUGUCAAAAGUUCUGGUCGUUAACUCUUUCAUCGCCAGCAUUGUUGAAAAAAGUUGCCAGCCACCGCCAGCGAUUUUGAUGAUUUUCACUACAAUUUGAUGGCCU